UCAUUGUGUUUAUGCAAUUAGAGGAAUCAAUGGAGCUCACAAAAAAGGUCAGAAAUUAUAUACCUAAUGAUAUUUCUUUCGAUAUUCUAUCCAAAUUGCCUAUGAAAUCUUUAAAGCGGUUUACUUGUGUAUGUAAGUUUUGGGCUAACUUAUUUGAAAAUCAUCAACUUAUGAAAAUGUAUCGCAAACAUUUAUACUUAUCUAAUUAUGAUGAUCACCAUUAUUCACGUCUCCUCCUAAAACAAACUCCUGCUAGUUAUGAAUUUGAUGGUAAUGAUAAUAUAUUUUUAUUUUCUGGUGAAACAUUUGGGAAUAGCAUCAAGUUAGAUUGGCCGCCUCCGUUUAAAGAAAAUUGUAGAGAUAUUUUUAUUGUUGGUUCAACUGUUAAUGGCAUACUUUGUCUCUGUCAAGGAGAUGGAAGAGGUGACACUAGUUGGAUUAACCAAAAAGUGGUAUUGUGGUGCCCAUAUACCGAGGAAUUUAAUGUCAUUCCUGAUGGCUCUUUUGAUCGUACAAUUCUCAAAGCAUUUCCUCCCGACUCUGUUUUUGAUGACUUACCUAUUAUUCCUACCAUUGUUAACAUUCAUGGUUUUGGUUACGACCCUGUCACAGAUGAUUACAAGUUAAUUCGAUAUUUUUGUUUCUUUGAUGAUAUCAAGAAUUCAAAUCCAAAUGAAGAGACCUUAUGGCAAAUUUAUAGUUUAAAGAGUAAUUGUUGGAGGGAUCUUCAAGUUAAAAUGCCAAAUCACUUUUGGAAUAAUUGGUUUCAAGAAGUUGGUUAUUCAAUGUACUUUCAUGGGAUGUGUCAUUGGUGGGGCUAUGAAGAUUAUUUUGGAGAAGAGAUAUUGGUGUCAUUUAACUUGAGUGAUGAAGUCAUUAUUGAAACACCCUUCCACUCUAAUUGUGGUAGAUUUGUUAAACACUUGGUGGUGUUACAUGAUUCUAUUGCUGCGAUUGAAUAUGGAAAUUCUUUUUAUUUUUUCAUAUCAAUUUUAGGUGAGAUCGGUGUGGAGGAAUCAUGGACGAGACUUUAUAGAAUUGGACCCCUACCUGAUAUGGAACCCAUUGGGGUUGGCAAUAAUGGUGAUAUAUUCUUCAGUGGAUGGCUUGAAAAAAUUGAAAAGUUUAAUUUAAAUACAGAACUAAUUGAAGAUACCGGUAUUAAUGGAAAGUUUAGAUGUUGUCAAAUGAUUGUUUAGAAUGAUAGUCAUCUUCCUUUCGUCGAAAGUCAUAUUUAAUUUUUUUCUAAGCUUUAAGUUUUAGCUA